AUGUUGAGCGGCGAGGGUCAGCUUCCAGGCCGCGACUGUCGGCUGCAGCCCAACGACACAAUCACGUUGUGCGUGAGCGGCCAAAUAUUCAUCACUCGCGUUUCCACCCUCUUCCGCCUGCCCUCCAGCCGGCUCUACCUGCUCGCCAGUCGACAGCGUCAGUCGGCCGCCGAGGUCGACGACGACCCGGAGCCGACAUGGCCGGCACGUCGAGUCUCGUCGCCGGCAUGGGCGGCCAGGCCGAGGCAUGCGUCGUAUUCCGACGCUCCGGCAAGAUCGGAUUAUGCCGACGAGGAUGGGACGAGUGACCGGAUCGCGCUGCCUCGUCAAGCCGACGGGACGAAUCUGGCGCCGAUCGGCAUCGAAGCGACCGGUUCAACGGAGCCGCGGAAGGGACAGGCCUAUCGCCAGCUGAAGGAUCACAUGAUCGGCCUGCCCGUGGACCCGUUUUGCCCGGCCAGUCAGUUGGUGAACCACAUCACUCUCACAGCGGCGACCAACACGACGGCGAACAGCAGCAACAACUUCAGCAUCAACGCCGAUGCCAGUCCCACGACCUCAGUCGAGAACACUCUCCAGACGCUGGGGCACAAAUCGAGUCUGCUGCAGAGCAGCCUAGACCUGAGAACGCAUGAAGAGGUACCUGGUCUGCUGCGCCAGCGCAAAUUGUCUCAUCAGGAGGACAUGACGAAGGCGGAUGGCAACCAAACCGUCCACUUGCAGAAGACGUCCUCAGCCGGCCAGUCGGCGGUUUCGGUGCUCCGCGACAAGCCCAUGCUGUCGGGCGGACUCAUGUGCCAUCUCGGUACCGAGGCUCAGUCA